GCGGCUCUCCGAGGAGCCCCGGUGGCUUUUCCCCAAGCCCGAGAGACCCAACUCUUGAGCGGGCUUUUCGGGAGGAAUUGACAACAUGGCUUCCCCACCGCACCAGCAGCUGCUGCAUCACCACAGCACCGAGGUGAGCUGCGACUCCAGCGGGGACAGCAACAGCGUGACGGUGAAAAUCAACCCCAAGCAGCACCAGGGCUGCACCUCUUCCAAGCACUGCAAGUACAGCAUCUCCUCCAGCUGCAGCUCGGGGGAGUCGGGGGGCACCCGUCGGGCCGGCGGAGCUGGCGGCAGCGGCCCUGGCGUCCGCCGGCCGAAGAAGCUGCCGCAGCUCUUCGAGAGGGCCUCUUCCAAGUGGUGGAACCCCAAGUUCGACUCCAACAACCUAGAGGAGGCUUGCAUGGAGAGGUGCUUCCCUCAGACCCAGCGCAGGUUCCGCUACGCCCUCUUCUACAUUGGCGUGGCCUGCCUUCUCUGGGGCAUCUACUUCGGCAUCCACAUGAGAGAGAAACAGAUUGUGUUCAUGGUGCCGGCCCUGUGCUUCCUCUUGGUAUGUGUAGCUUUUUUUGUGUUCACUUUUACCAAGACCUACGCCCGCCAUUACGUAUGGACUUCGCUGAUACUCACCCUCCUGGUUUUCACUUUGACUCUCGCUCCGCAGUUCCAGGCUCUGAAGCCUGUCUCAGGAAGUGGUGACAUGUCCAAUCGGACUCCCCCGGCAGAUCCCACAGACACUUGUCUUUCCCAAGUAGGCAGUUUUUCUAUGUGUAUUGAAGUGCUCUUGUUGCUUUACACAGUGAUGCACUUACCCCUGUAUUUAAGCUUGUUCCUGGGACUGUCAUAUUCGGUCCUCUUUGAGACCUUUGGCUAUCACUUCCGUGAUGAGAACUGUUUUACACCUCUUGGAGCUGGUGCAGUUUACUGGGAGCUGUUGAGCAAAGCUUUCCUGCACAUCUGCAUCCAUGCCAUAGGUAUCCACUUAUUUAUCAUGUCCGAAGUCAGAUCAAGAAGCACGUUCCUGAAAGUGGGGCAGUCCAUCAUGCAUGGAAAAGACUUGGAAGUGGAAAAAGCCCUUAAAGAGAGGAUGAUUCAUUCUGUUAUGCCAAGAAUAAUAGCCGACGACUUAAUGAAGCAGGGGGAUGAUGAAAGUGAAAACUCCAUCAAACGUCAUUCCACCUCAAGCCCCAAAAACAGGAAGAAGAAGCCCUCCAUACAGAAAACCCCCAUAAUAUUCCGUCCCUUUAAAAUGCAGCAGAUCGAGCAAGUGAGCAUUUUGUUUGCAGAUAUUGUUGGCUUCACGAAAAUGAGCGCCAACAAAUCUGCCCACGCGCUGGUGGGACUCCUGAACGACCUCUUUGGACGUUUUGACCGCUUGUGUGAGGACACCAAAUGUGAGAAGAUCAGCACUUUGGGAGACUGUUACUACUGCGUAGCUGGCUGCCCAGAGCCCCGGGCAGACCACGCUUACUGCUGCAUUGAGAUGGGCUUGGGCAUGAUUAAAGCCAUCGAGCAGUUCUGCCAAGAGAAAAAAGAAAUGGUGAACAUGAGAGUGGGUGUUCAUACCGGGACAGUCCUCUGUGGCAUUUUGGGAAUGAGGAGAUUCAAGUUUGAUGUGUGGUCUAAUGAUGUCAAUUUAGCCAAUCUGAUGGAGCAGCUUGGGGUGGCUGGCAAAGUCCACAUUUCGGAAGCUACUGCGAAGUAUUUGGAUGAUCGCUAUGAAAUGGAGGAUGGGAAGGUGAUCGAGCGAGUUGGGCAGAGCGUGGUGGCUGAGCAGUUAAAAGGUCUGAAGACCUACCUGAUCUCUGGCCAGAAGGUGAAGGAGCCCCACUGCAGCUGUUCACAAGCAUUGCUUCCUGGCUUGGAAUCUGGAGGUGGAGCCAGGACACAAGGAGCUUUGUCAGCCGAGAAAGCCAGUGAGUCCACGAAGGCUCUCAAGCACACAGACAAACCUAAGCCUUGCCCUUCAUGUAGUACCACCCUUGCUCCCCACUGCGAUGUCAGCAUAGAGGAAGGAGCUAUCCAAAAUGGUUGUCAGGAUGAGCAUAAAAACAGUACAAAGGCUCCAGGAGGACAUAGUCCGAAGACUCAAAAUGGACUUCUGAGUCCACCACAAGAAGAAAAACUCAGCAAUAGUCAGACCUCACUGUAUGAAAUGUUGCAAGAGAAAGGAAGAUGGGGAGGAGUGAGUCUGGAUCAAUCAGCUCUGCUUCCUUUGAGGUUCAAAAACAUCAGAGAGAAGACAGAUGCUCACUUUGUGGAUGUGAUUAAAGAAGACAGCCUCAUGAAAGACUACUUCUUCAAACCACCCAUUAACAAGCUGAGCCUGAACUUCUUGGAUCAAGAUUUGGAGAUGGCCUACAGGACAAGCUAUCAGGAAGAGGUUAUAAGGAAUGCUCCUGUGAAGACAUUUGCCAGUGCUACCUUCAGCUCACUCCUGGAUGUGUUCCUCUCCACCACAGUCUUCCUCAUCCUCUCUAUCACCUGUUUCCUGAAGCAUGGGAUGGUUGCAUCCCCUCCACCACCUGCAGCAGUCGUGGUGUUCAUCAUUGCCAUCCUGCUAGAGGUGCUGUCCCUUGUCAUCUCCAUCAGGAUGGCUUUCUUUCUGGAGGAGGUGAUGACUUGCACCAAGCGUCUCCUGGAGGUGAUAUCUGGCUGGCUGCCUCGACAUUUUUUCGGUGCAAUCCUGGUUUCUCUCCCAGCUCUUGCAGUUUUUUCACACUUCACCUCUGAUUUUGAAACAAAUAUACAUUACACCAUGUUCAUGUGCUGUGCCAUUCUGAUCACCAUUGUGCAGUACUGUAACUUCUGCCAGCUUAGCUCCUGGAUGAGGUCUCUGCUGGCAACCGUAGUAGGAGCAGUGCUGCUCAUUCUGCUCUACGUCUCCUUGUGUCCAGACAGUUCUGUGCAAACUCUUCAUCCAGAUGUGGCACAGAACUUCAGCUCCAGAAAGAGUCCCUGCAACAGCUCCGUGCCAAAUGACACAAAGAGGCCAUCAGACCUAAUUGGGCAGGAAGUGAUUUUGGUUUCCUUCCUCCUGCUCCUCCUGGUCUGGUUCCUGAACCGAGAGUUUGAGGUCAGCUAUCGCCUCCACUACCACGGAGAUGUGGAGGCUGACCUUCAUCGCACCAAAAUUCAGAGCAUGAGGGAUCAAGCUGACUGGUUGCUGAGGAAUAUUAUUCCCUACCACGUGGCCGAGCAGUUGAAGGUUUCCCAGAGCUACUCCAAGAACCAUGACAGCGGCGGAGUGAUCUUCGCCAGCAUCGUGAACUUCAGCGAGUUCUACGAAGAGAACUACGAAGGGGGCAAGGAGUGCUACAGAGUCCUGAAUGAGCUGAUCGGGGACUUCGAUGAGCUGCUGAGCCAACCACACUACAGCAGCAUCGAGAAGAUCAAGACGAUUGGGGCAACCUACAUGGCGGCCUCGGGGCUGAACGCCUCGCAGUGCCAGGACAGCAACCACCCCCACGGACAUCUGCAGACCCUUUUCGAAUUUGCCAAAGAAAUGAUGCGUGUGGUGGAUGACUUCAACAACAACAUGCUGUGGUUUAACUUUAAGCUUAGGAUUGGCUUCAACCACGGCCCCCUCACCGCUGGGGUCAUCGGCACCACCAAGCUGUUGUAUGACAUUUGGGGGGACACUGUGAACAUCGCUAGCAGGAUGGACACCACCGGCGUCGAGUGUCGCAUACAGGUGAGUGAGGAGAGCUACCGCAUCCUGAACAAGAUGGGGUAUGACUUUGACUAUAGGGGCACUGUCAAUGUGAAGGGGAAAGGUCAGAUGAAGACCUACCUUUACCCCAAAUGCAUGGACAACGGCAUCGUGCCCCACCACCAGUUGUCUAUAUCUCCGGACAUUCGGGUUCAAGUGGAUGGCAGCAUUGGGCGAUCUCCAACAGAUGAGAUUGCCAACCUGGUGCCUUCUGUACAGAAUUCUGAUAAGAUAGCCCAUGGCACAGAUAUCUCAGAAACCAAGGACGUCCUUCCUUCCGCCAAGAAGCUCCAGAAGGAUGCGGUGAAAGCAGAGGAGAGGUGCAGGUUUGGCAAGGCCAUGGAGAAGCCUGACUGUGAGGAAGCGGGAACUGAGGAGGUCAAUGAACUGACAAAGCUAAAUAUCUCUAAGAGUGUAUGAUGCACUGUCAGAGUUGCAUGAAGUGCUCUGUCAAUAGAAACACAAAGACAUUUGCAGUUGGCAGUUUUCUUUUUCAAGAGAGACCUUCUCAACACCCGGGUUGUACGUUUGUUUUCAUUUCAGCGCCUGGUGCUGUGUGGAUCACAGCUCUUCAGGGCUUGUUUUCAUCCAUCUCCCUCCUCCAUGCCCCCAUAUCACAUCCCAAGCUCCCCAGCUCCCUGUGCAACCAUCUUACAGCUGAGUAGAGGAUAUUAAGUGCCUUCAGAUAUACUCCAUUGGACUCCCUGUAAAGGUACAGAGGCCCCAAGUGAAAUCAUAGCUUUGGGUAUUUAUCUAAUUUUAAAGAAAAGAGAAGCUGUGGUUAUAUCAUUUUUAUUGUUGUUUCUCACAAAACACUUUUUUUGGCUAAUGCAACUCCUUGGGUUUUUUAUAUCUCUCUGAACAAUGUUUUACUGUUAUCAGACCUUUUGUAUGUAAACACACAGACAAAGUGCAUGUAUCUAGCGUAUGAGACUGACAUAAAGUGCCAGUAAAGUACCACAAAAGAAUGUCUUGGCGAGGGGGUGACACAGCCUGACUCAGUGUUGGGCUGGAGGAGGAGCUCUGCUGGGGCUCAAUGUUUAGUUAGAGUAGGCUGAACAACUGCUGGCUGUGCUUUUCUUCUCCUUUACCGAUGCUUUCUUCAACCUUAACGUGCCAUUGUGUGCUUUGGAUACACUUCUGUUCCAUAUAGCCAAUGAGUUACUGGUGUGUGGGAACGAAGCAAGGGCUUGGCCGUCACCAGCUCUCAGGACAGGUUUCCAGAAGCAGAAGGGUGACCACCAGUGUCACAGUUUAGGUCUUGCCAGCCUAAAGCAGUUUCGUGUUCCUCCGUGCGAGAGCUGGAUUGGCGAAGGUAGGUGAAGUUGGUGUCUCUAAGCUGGUCUGAUUCAAGAGGGAGAGAGAGAGAAAACUGAAAUAAAUGUUUUGGGAAUGCCUUUAUUUAUUUAUUUAUUUAUUUUAUUCCUGGGGCAGGGGCAGUUUAUAUAAUUUGGGGAGUUUUUGUGUGCGUGUGCAGAAGGGAUUGGGAGAGCUGAAUCAUCACUCAGUUCAAUAAGAGUAAUAAGGUGAGGUUUCAGCCUCUUUGAACUGCCAACCACUGUGAGGAUGUUUCCUAGGCAAUAUCUGUUUCCAAGCUGGUGAAACUUCCAAAGCCACCAAAUGCAGUUGAGGCUCCCAGCUUCCCUCUGUACUGAAUCAGUGGCACUGCACAAUAUCAUUCAGGGUUUCCCUCCCCACCCUACACUGUGCUUUUGCAGCAGGAAUAGAACAGCAGGCUCCCUGCGUGUCACCAAGAGCAGGAACAGGGAGAGGAGUCCUUUCUAGUGAGCUGAGAAGCACAAUAAUUUCCCAGUCAUGCAGGUGACUGUGCAGGUCCCUGGGACUGGCGAGCUCAGGAACCUGCUUGUACAGAGGGAACUGCAUGACGGGAGCCUUAGGCUUGCCAGCCUGCCCACUGCAUGCUUCCAUCACCUCCUUCACUCACAUUGGAUAAUCUGAAUUACUCAGCUACUCCAGUUCAGCUGACUCCUUGUGACACUGAAUAAAACAGAAGAAUUUUUAUGCCUGGAGGAAGUUCAUUAGCCAGGGGAGAGCUGGUGAAAUCCAACACUGUGCUGUCUGCACCUGUUUCAUUCUUUCUUUUCCAUCAGAACUCAAGUCAGCAGAUAUUGAUACUUCCUUCUGUUCCCUAUGUGAAUUUGGAAGUUUGAGUAAUAAAUACAUA